AUGCCCCUGUCCCGGUCUCCACUUGAACCGCUCUCCCGUUUCUAUCCCACACAGUCCCGCCCCGCCCCACGCCCAAAGCCAUACACCAUACCCAGACCCGCGCACUCUGCCUCCUUUCCCCCACCGCCUUCCCUGCCGGCCAAGCCUCGCAAACCCAAACAUGGGAAUAAUAUCGCGCCCAGCGACUUUCGGCCUCCAGCCCUUGCCAAAGAUCGGCUCCACACAUGGUCUUCCCCCUUCUCCCGUGCCAAGGAGGCCGAGCUCAGAGCCUCACUCCCAGCAGACGAAGUCAACCGCAUAUACGCUGCCAUUUUCGCUGCGUUUGCGCCGGACACGCAUCUACCUCUACGCCAGGGACUCCUCCGCUUUCAUCAAUACUGCGACAGCAUCUCCAUUGACGAGGAAGCCCGUAUGCCCGCCUCGGCCGCCCUCAUCUCAGCCUUUGUAUCCAAGCACGUCGGCCUAGUUGGGGAGACACCGUCAAGUCCUGGCUCUCCGGACUUCGGGCCUGGCACGACGUUCAUCAAGCAGCCUGGCCGGGCGGCGAACCCUGGGUGA